CGCCUGCACUUCCGCGUUCAGUGGCGACAAUCCGAGCAGGACCGGUGUCAUUACGUCACUCUUUACCGGGACGGUGUGUGUUCCGUGUGCUUUCGGAAGCGGAAGUGUGGGUGUGUGGCGCGGCGGGUGAUGAUGUCGUUCCGCAGGGCGGUGCGCUUUGUGUGCGGCUUCGCCGGAGGGUCUGCGGUGGUGGUCGCGUGCGCCUAUCUAGCGGAUAAACACCGGGAGGGUGUGCGGUUUAAACCCGCGCUGAGCGGCGCGCUGUGGGCGGCUCAGCCCUCCGCCGGACAGCACAGCCACAGCUGGGACUACAACUGGGACAAGAGAGACCCAUCCUCUGUGAGCAGCACCAGGAGGAAAGGAAGCGUAGGAGACGAGAACGGCGUGGAGGUGGAGAACAACAAACCCACAGCCACACGCCACAUCUUCCUCAUCAGACACUCGCAGUACAACCUGAACGGCAGCGGGGACAAGGAGAAGAUGCUCACGGCUUUAGGUCGUGAGCAGGCGGAGCUGACGGGGCAGAGGUUGGCGUCUCUUGGGCUGAAAUAUGACGUACUGAUCCACUCCAGCAUGACACGAGCCACUGAGACAGCUCAGAUCAUCAGCACACACCUGCCAGGAGUGGAGAUGGUGAGCUGUGAUCUGCUGAGAGAAGGAGCUCCCAUUGAACCUGUUCCUCCUGUCACUCACUGGAGACCUGAGGCUGUGCAGUACCACGAGGAUGGCGCUCGAAUCGAGGCGGCGUUCCGGCGCUACAUCCACCGAGCCGACCCCAAGCAGAAGGAGGACAGCUAUGAGAUCAUCGUCUGUCACGCUAACGUCAUCCGCUAUUUUGUGUGCAGAGCUCUGCAGUUUCCUCCCGAAGGCUGGCUACGUUUGGGUCUCAAUAACGGCAGCAUCACGUGGCUCACCAUUCGCCCGAGCGGCAGGGUGGCACUGCGGGCGCUGGGAGACUCCGGCUUCAUGCCACCCAGCAAAGUGACACGAACCUGACACUCCUGAUCCGCUUCUGAACCAGAACCUCGUUUCUCGCACAGAAAAACCGCGUUGUUGUUACAGAGGUGACUUUUCAUGACUGUAUUACUGACCAUCUGAUUAUUACCUGCUCACAGAGUCAGAAGAGCAGCAUGACUCGGUACUGAUUCAUGUUUUAUAUGAUUCUGAUUCAGAUCUCAGGAUUGUUUUGCUUCUUAAUCAUUUCUGAUUUUAUUUUGACUCACUUUUCAUUCAGUUCUCGAGUGAUUCGGAGCACUGAAUCCUGAGCUGAAGUUUAUAACGUUUUGAAAUGAUUAAAUCUCAUCACCACAGAUGUAGAACUGAUAACAUGAGUGUCCUGAAUUCUCCUGAAGUGUGUUUACAGUGUGGUGGUGUGUGUGUGUGUGUGUGUGUAUAUAUACGUACAGUAGUGUUUGAUAUUAUCAUACAAGUUUGGAUUAAUUAAGACGUUUUAUUGGAGUAAAGUGUCAGAUUGUUCAUGAAUCCAGACUCGGUUCAUAAACACGACAACCAGCAUCAUAUCUAUUUUACUUUAAACCCUGAUCAGGAUGAGCUGCGUUCAGAACCUGAACUUCAGUGUUUGUGUUACAGCAGGAAGUACUGAUUCCUGAGCAGGACUUUUUUUUUUUAGAAUAAAAGUGUUAAUGCAAAAUACAGAUUAAAAACCCAGAGGCCUUGAUGUGGAGCAGAAGUUCUGCUCGUCUGUCCCGCAGUCCCAUAAUUCUGUUCAGUGCAGGAGUGAGUUAAUGUACGCCAAAAGAAACUCACUAAUCUCACACGCCUGCAGUGUUUGUUCAGUUUAGUGAUUAAUACAGCUGUUUCGUGUCAGUCAGCAUCAACACACCUCGACCUUAAAGCCAGACGAUGUUCUGAAAGCCAGCACUCUGUGUGUGUGUGUGUUGGGUAGAACAUGUUAUUUUAAAGUCUGUACAGUUGCAGUUUUGGUUUGGAGAAUUCAAUUAAAGUGUAAAUCUUCAGA